AUGUCAGCCCCAACCGGCCGUUCACCGGAGCCGCUCAUUGCGUCCGGGAAGAGUUCCGAGAAGCUAAGUCUACCAACACUACAAUCAAAAAUGAAAAUAGACCCAGAAGGCUAUGAAACAGAACUUAGCCUUCUAUAUAGCCAAUUCAACUCAGCUCUUGAACUCUUUCAACAACAAUCAGCUCUCAAUUUUACAUCUUCGUCCUCCGGAAUUUGCGCUGACCCUACUAUAGCUAAAGAGCUUGGUGAUAGAGCAAUGUUUUUAGCUCAUAUGACUCCGUUUUAUCCCAAGCAACUCGCUAAUUUCCCGAGUGAACUCUCUGAGUUUCUCAAAUCUUCUUCUAAAUCACUUCCGUCUGGGCUUAGGUCUCAUGUUAGUCAGGCUCUUAUUCUUUUAAUUAAUAGAAAGAUGGUUGAUAUCAGUGAAACUCUUGGAUUAUUUAUGGAGCUACAAACCUUGGGAGAUAGAAACUUGAAAAAAUUGGCGUUCUCUCAUGUUGUUCAUAGCAUUAGGCGCAUGAAUAAGAAACACAAGAAUGAUGCCAAGAAUCGAGUGCUACAGAAUAUCUUGUUUGAAAUCCUACAGCAAGAAGAUGAAGGGAGAGCUAAGAGAUCUCUCAUUACACUAUGUGAGCUUCAUCGGAGAAAGGUGUGGUUUGAUGAUAGAACAGCAAAUGCAAUUUGCAUGGCAUGUUUCCAUUCAUCAUCACGGAUCAUGAUUGCUGCCAUGUCUUUUCUUCUGGAUUUUGAGAAGAUUGAGGAUGACAAUAGUGAUGAUAGUGAUGCUUCUAGUGAAGAUGACUCAAAUACUCAUUUGCCUCGAGUGCUCCUCAGUAAAGAAGCUGUUUAUAAGGCGCAUCAUAAAGGCACUGUAUCCAGUAAAAAGAAAAAGAAAGCAAAACUGCAGCGUGCCAUGCGCAGUAUGAAAAGGCAGCAUCGCCUGUCAUCAGAUAAAAGCAGUUCAAAUUAUUAUUCACCUCUUAGCCAUCUUAAAGAUGCUCAGGGAUUUGCUGAGAGGCUACUUUCUCGUCUUCAGACUUGCAAUGAACGUUUUGAGGUUAAGAUGAUGAUGCUGAAAUUAAUUGCUCGAACUGUUGGGCUUCACCAGUUGAUUUUAUUGAACUUCUAUCCUUUUGUCCAGAAAUAUGUUCAGCCUCAUCAACGUGAUAUCACAAAUUUACUUGCAGCAGCUGUUCAGGCAUGCCAUGAUAUGGUGCCUCCAGAUGCAGUUGAACCAUUAUUCAAACAAAUAGUGAAUCAAUUUGUACACGAUCGUUCACGUCCAGAGGCUAUUGCUGUUGGACUGAAUGUGAUAAGGGAAAUAUGCUUGAGAAUGCCCUUGUUGAUGACAGAAGAUUUGCUGCAAGAUCUUGUGUUAUAUAAAAAAUCACAUGAAAAGGCAAUUUCAGCUGCAGCUAGGUCGCUUAUGAUAUUAUUUAGAGAGGUUUGUCCUUCACUGUUGAUUAAAAAGGAUCGGGGUCGUCCCAUUGACCCAAAGGCGAAGCCAAAAGCAUUUGGAGAAGUCAAUGUUGCCAGCAACAUACCUGGUGUUGAGUUGUUACAGCAUGAUGAUGAUGACGACGACCACAGCGACAAUGACCAUGAUGAAAGUAAUGGCGAUAUGGAUAAUUUAGAAUCCAGUGGACACCAUGAUGAUUAUGAUGAUGAGACAGCUGCCCCAAGUGAUGAUGAAGAAAAUGAGAUUUCCAAUGAUGAUUCUGGAAGUGAGGAUGGUGAUUUAGAAGAUGACUCGGUGGAUGAAGAUGACCAUAACAGUGUUGACGAAAACGAAAGUGAUGAUGGCAAUAACAGUAUUGAUGAAAAUGACAGUGAUGAUUGUGCUAAUAGUAUUGAUGAAAGUGACAGUGAUUUGAGUGACGGUGAUGCAGAGGAACAUGAAAAGGUGACCAAGGGCAUGAAAGAAGUUAACGAAUCUAAAGCUAGCAAGAGGAAGUUCUCUGAUUUUGAUGGAAAACUUAUUGAUGCCGAUACAAGUCUUCGAGCUCUUAAGAGACUGGCAGAAGAAAAGUCGAACCAUACCUCGUCUGAUCUAGCAGAUGGUAUUCUUUCUAAUGAAGACUUUAAAAGGAUCAAGGAAUUGAAGGCAAAGAAGGAAGCUAAAGUGGCUUUAACUAGGCAAGGGAUUAAAGUUCCAAGCUCUGAUCAACUGAGUGUUAAGCGGGUGGAUCCUUCCAAGCUAGAAGCUCAUGUGCGGCAUAAGCUCAGCAAGGAAGAAAGAUUGGCAUUGGUGAAAGCAGGGAGGGAGGAAACAGGGAAGUAUCAGGCUCGAACUGCCAUAAAAAAGAAAAAGACCGGCGGUAAAAGCAAUAGGCAGAAGCAACAUGAGAAGUUGAUGCCCAGUGCUGCCAGGAAGGCCAGGGCUGAAAGAUCUCGUCAAGAGAAAAAGAGAAAACAGACUCGAUCCGGCAAACAAUUUAGGGGUAAAAAAGCUUGGAAAUGAUCAACCCUUGGCAGUGGCACGACCACCUCAGUUUUGUAUUCAUUAUUUUUAUUUUAUUUAUCGUGUUUAUCCAAUUUUCUUGUUUUUUUUUUAAUGAGAGAUUUGCACGUUAAGGCAUUCUUACCAUCCAUACAUGGCAUACAAAUUUCAACUGUUUCCAAUGUUUCCACUGGGCAACCUAACCCGCAGUAUACUAAGUAAAGAUAUUAAAUUAUGCUGCGA